CCCUUGUUUUUUUUUCCUGCGCUACCCGCUGUCAAGUUCCCAUUAGCAUGGGUCCGCCGCCCCUCCAACUUAUCAUUCGCUCCUGCCUCUUCCCUUGCAGCACUGGCCUUCCCCGACCAAGGACUCGGGUCUCCCCUCCCAGAUUCGACGACGCAGCCCACGACGGUAGAGAGCCCAGCGCCCCAAUAACCGCCACUCCCCACCGGCUUUUGUUGUCUGGCUCUGCCAACUAACCUAACCUCCUGGCUUCGCUUUCCUCACCAGCUCAGCUCUCCCUUUUUGCCCGCCCUUCCCACCUCCAAAAACCUUCCCUCUCAAACCCAGACAAUCCCGUCUGGUGUUGGGGAUCGUGUGUCUCUUUUUCGGGUUUUCUUUCGAGUUCGAAUCGGUCUCUUCUGUUGUUUUAUUUUUUUGUUUUUUUCUUUUCUUGUUUCGACUUUUUCCGACCUUGGCUGGAAUUCAAACAAUCUCGACGAAACGGUCCGCAAGAUUUCUGUCGUAAACGCGCAAUCCUCGCGAGGCUUCUUGCGGUCCGGUAUUUUUCUCUCUACCUAUGCUUUAUUUGACGAAUUCACUCCGAAGGAAGUAGUCGGGAAAAUCAACGGUGUUUUACCAGUUGAAAGUUGCAGGAUUGGCGAUUCACAAAAAAAGGACGGCUGUGUCUUUUUCCACGCAAACGCAAAGAUGAAGGCGUCAACCGACCACCAUGUGUCGGGGCCGCCACCCGUGAUGAUUGAGAGAGUAACCAGAGGAGGACGUCGAUUAUUCUACCGCAUUGAUGUCAUUCAACAACCUGAAAAGUGCCGCGCAUGCGGUUCGGGCCCCAAGUCUUCUACCGAUCGCCGCCCCGUUGAUCCGCCUCCGGUCGUCGAGCUCCGUAUUUUCGAAGGACCCCGAUUCGAGGAAGCCAAGGAUAUUACUUUUACAUACAAUGCCAAUUUCUUCCUCUUUGCGACACUCGAGAAGGCUCGGCCCAUGGCCCACGGCCGUGUCACUGGCCCUGUUGUCGACGCACCGCCAGUCCUGACAGGCAUGCCGGUGUCUGGAAUGGCAUACCUCGACCGACCGAUCGAAGCCGGUUACUUCCUAUUCCCCGAUUUGUCCGUCCGCCACGAGGGCACGUAUCGACUUUCGUUCAACCUCUACGAAGAGACCAAGGAUGACCGAGACAAGGACAUGGAGCCCGACGAGCCAUCCUCUGAACCCCAGGGAUUCUUUUACCACAGAAUGGAGAUCAAGUCGGCCGACUUUGCUUGCUUCAGCGCCAAGAAGUUCCCAGGCCUUGGGCUGAGCACACCCCUCAGCAUGACCAUGGCCGAACAGGGAACCCGUGUGAGGAUACGACGUGACGUUAGGAUGAGACGCCGUGACGGCAAGCCGAGCAGUGGAGGCGGUGAUUUCAGCAGCAACAGCAACAACAAUGCAGAGGAUGAGGCAGCACGCAGACGCAGAACACGAACGCCCGAGCCACCUGCCAGGGAGGAUUUGCGACGGUCAUUGAGCGGAACUGGAGAUGCUCCUGCCCGAAACCCGGAGCCCCAACGCCGUCCAUCGGCAGCCGACUACCGGGCACCGCCGCCACCGAACCCUCCACCUCCGGGGUUCCCCUCGGCUCAAGUUCCUGCUACAAGUCAUCUGACCUUCGGAGGUGCCCCGUACGGAAGUCAUAGCCAAUACCAGCAACCCACCAGUAGCAGCAGCAGCAGCGAGCAAGUGUCGUCCGUACCCCAAUCGCCAGCCUACUCGUCUCAUGCUGCUCAGCAACACUACGGCCAGGCGCCGCAGCCCCCUACACCUACUUACCCGGAACGACGUCUUUCCGACCACCGAUCCUCGCAACCAAAUAAUCACCCGCAGCAGUCGCCGCAUCAGCAUAGCUACUCUCACCGCAGUUCACCGCAAAGAGAACGGUUCAUGCCAGACUCGAGGCGGCCUUCGGCUCCCAGUCAUAGUCACAUCCUGAGCGCACGGCCCAUGACACCACAGUCAGCGAACGAGUUGCGAAGACCUAGCGACUAUAACAGGCCGAUCCCGCCUCCAACGGAUGUUCUCGUCGCCGAUACUCAAGCCACCCCUCACUUACCGCCCAUCAGAUGGCCUCGCCCGAACAUGAACCUGCCCAGCCCGCCCAGCGAACACCAGGAGGCACUACAGCCUUUGCAGCCAGCGCCAUUGCACUAUGAGAGCCAGACACAUCAGCAACAGCUAGGCGGCCGCAAGCGAACCCAUGACAGCUACGAAGAACACAGCUAUAGCUACGGUUACAGCUACAGCCACAAUCAUAGCCACGGAUACGGGCCCACGCCAUCAGCACGGCCACCGGCCAAAAAUCGGAAGAGGCCAGAAGACGUGGAGGAGAAGUACACUGUCACUGAAACCAUGGUUGUCGAUCGUCCAGAACAAUUCUUCCCAAAACCGCUCAAAUAUGUAUGGACACAAUGCAGGGCGGAGCCGCCACCAAGGGAAUGAUAAAUCACGGUGUUUCUUCCAUGUUAGCUUCAAACUACGCACAUAUAUUAUCAGUCUCUUUUGUUUUAUCCGAGGGCGUUUUAACGGCAAUUAUGUACCAGGCUAGGGAUGUGGAGGACUCAGUGGUGGGUAACUAUGUAACUCGGACAGUUUUAUAUUCCAUGAAGUUCACGGGAUUUGUAUUGUCACGACCGAUGCGCUAUACUGAGACCCGAUCCAGGUCCCGGCGGCCGUUGAACCGUUUGUGCGUGCCGCUAGACCUGUUCUGAACCUUCCGAAAGUAGCGGG